AUGCCUCAUAAUCUAACACCAAAAAUAAGGGUAAUUUCUCAUCCAACAUCAAAGGAGCUCGAGUUUGGUGAUAGUACCUUGUUUAUGGUGGAGGCUCGAUGUAGUUUGCCCCUCCGAUACCAGUGGAUCAAGGACGGAAAGGAAAUUAAAGGUGCAAUUGGCUUUAAGUACGAGAUCGACAACAUACAAGACGCGAGUUACAAAGGCGUUUACCAGUGUGAGGUCAAGGCCAUGAACAUGACGGUAGACGGGCGGGAAAUUCAGAGCAGUCGCGUGUUAACAAACCCCGCCUUGUUGGAUCUUCAUACACAAUCUGCCAAUCUAUAUAAACCACAUGACAAAGUGGCUCUACUGAUCGGAAACUCUGAUUACCUAUCCGAAAAUUCGUUAAAAGCCCCUCCCAAUGACAUUCGGGAAAUGGCUGACAGCCUCGUUUCAAUUAACUUCAAAGUCGUUAUGUUACUGAACUUAACCAAGCCAGAGUUUGAAAAUGCUGUCAUAGAGUUUUGUAAAUUGAUCGACAAAAACGUGUAUGUAGUCUUCUACUUUUGUGGACAUGGUUUCGAGGAAAGAGGAGUUUCUUAUUUAAUACCAACCGAUGCGCCGUCAAUGUCAUCGCCAGGGGAGUGUGUGAAUACAAGUCUUAUCUUGCACAACUUCCAGAAAAAGAACCCGGCUCUGGUGUUCCUGGUACUGGAUACUUGCAGAAUAUCGGGCAAAGGCAAAUCCUCAGAGCCACCAAGGAAGUUGUUAACAUCGGCACAAAAUCCAAACGUUUGCUACUGCUAUGCCACGAGUUUGGGAUUGAGCGCGUUUGAACGCAAUAGAGAACAGAUAGGUCUCCUGGUAUGCUUUCUUGCACCUUUGUUAAAGAGACCCAUCGGGAUUGACAACCUUGUCAUUGAACUUAAAGAAGAGUUCAGCCGUAGUCCUGAGUACCGUGAUAAACAAAUCCCGGAGAUAAGGUCGAAUGUUUGUGAAACGCGAAGGUCACUGACGGACAAAAUCAUUUACCUCGAACAGAAACAAGCAGACGAUACUAGGAAAAAGUUGUGGAGUACCUAUAGCAACAAGCCGAACAAUCGUGACCUGGCUUUCCCAUUGCUAGGUAUUGUUGUACAGAUUGACUUCCAGUCAUACUAUAACAACCUACUAGAUAUCUUUUUGUUGGUUAAGGAACAAGGCGAGACCAACCAAUGUGCUGCUUUCAUCUCCAAAAUCUCUCCGAUCAUCUCCAAGCGCGGCAAGAUUGAUUCGUUUGAGAGGAACGGAAAAAUUGGAACGAAGACAACCCUUCAAGAUAUUCAGAAACUGAAGGACAAUCUGAUAGUUGACAUCAGUGUUGUUUCUGUGCACCAACGCGAUGGACGACAGUACAGCAGUACUCAGAGCGUUGACCUAGGACUUCCGCUCGUGUCAAAUCUGAAACUGUGGAAGCCCGCAAUAGGCUUUGAGCCCACGUAUCGGGAGCCCCUUGAACAAGACCAAACAGACAGUAUCUGA